AUGGUCAUGCGACGAGGCAGCAGAGCGAAGGCCGCCGUCGGAGAACCGAUCGGAUCGAGACCAGAGGAGAUGGUGGCUCAGCAACCGGAGACCAACGAGCCACGGUAUCGUGGCGUUCGAAAGAGACCAUGGGGUCGAUUCGCCGCCGAGAUCCGUGACCCAUGGAAGAAAGCUCGUGUCUGGUUAGGCACUUUCGAUUCCGCCGAAGACGCUGCACGAGCCUACGACGCCGCCGCACGCUCCCUCCGCGGCUCUAAGGCUAAAACCAAUUUUCCAUUUUUACCGUCGAACGAAAUCCACGAUCAUGCCGCCGAUGAUCAAACAAAGCACCACCAACAAACUUUCUAUCAGUCUCCGCCGACGAUGAGUAGUCUGAGCAGCACCGUCGAGUCGACGAGCGGUCCACGGCCGUCGAAUCCCGUUAAAACCCACCACCGAUUAAAACCGCCGCCGGUUCCCCAAGACGAUGACGAUUGCCACAGCAAUUGCGACUCGUCCUCCUCCGUGGUCGACGAUUAUUAUUAUGACGGCGAUCUGUCUUCAUCUUCCCGGAAACCUUUACCCUUCGAUCUCAACCUCCCACCACCGUUGGACGAAAUCGGAUUCUCUUCUAACCCUAAUGAUGAUUUAUACGUCACUGCACUCUGCCUAUAA